AUGUCUAUUCCUUACAGUGGCACGGUUCAAAGAUCACUUGGUGUAGUUUCAGCGAUAGGAAAACAACUUAAAGCAGUAAAUCUAAAACCAGCGCGACGAAUAACUGUUAGAUUUGAUCCUUUCGGCGACAACGUUACCCAUACAAGAAAUUUCCUUCACUAUAUAAGUUCUCCAAAAAUAAGUUUAACAAACCCAAACUGCACAUUAAAAACCGAGGUGGUUUGUGAUCGCAGUGAACCUGCUAUAGAAAUUAAAUUACUUCCUGCAAUAGCUGAAUCUACCAAAGUUAAAACUGUAGUAUUAAGAAGUGGAAAUCUCACAUGUUUGGAAAUUCUGCAGUUAAUAAAUAAACAUGUAUCAUCAUUAGCACCUGUUGAUCAACCAGCCUCUACUGUUCAAACUAAAUUAGAGAAAAAGAAGGGAAAAAAGAAAUAA